CGUAAAUGCAAAUUAGAUUGGGGCUGUGUCCGCUGACGCGUUCGUACGUGUCCGUAUUUUUCAGGUCAUAAUCACCAUGGAAACGGAUGUGAGUACAGACCAACCAGGUUCAUCCACCAUGGCGACUAUGGUAAACCCAGCAAGCGUAGAAGCAGCAGACAUCAAGCAAGGUGUAAACACUGAUGUCCCUUCAGGAACUACAAUAACAGUCGUCGAUGCAUCCCAGACAUCUGAUCUUGGAGGUCUUCUGCAGGCAUCCGAGAUGAUGGAGAUAAUCACACAGGAGGUUACUACACUAGCCCAAGCUAAUGGAGGGGUUACAGAGGCAACUACCACAGUCGCACCUGUCAUGGCGCAGAAUGGGGUUGUUCUUCAAGCUUCUGAGCUAAUGAAACAAAUCAUGGAACAGGUGAAUAUCAAGCAGGAGGACGGGGAAGACGCUCCACAGACCGUCUAUGCUGAAAUCAGACCACCAGAACAGAUGAUGAUAGAAGACCCAAGCUCCGCCCAAGAUAAACAAACAGGGUUGGUCGACACAUUUGCCAUGUAUACCGACGAAGAGAAUCAACCAGAGGAGAUGGUUCAUCAACAGUCAGAUAAUAUGGGUGGUUCAACAAAGGUUCUUCAUGUUCAAGCUACGCAGGAACCAGUGGAAGGAGAUCCCAACAGUGUUGAGGCCUCAAGGACGUUGACGGUUGUGAUCACCAACUUCCCAGACCAUCUCAAGACACAGGUCCUCUCCUACAGCUGUAUGUCAUGUGGGAGUGCGUUCAACGAGGUCGUCGACCUUAUGUCACAUGUCUGCACUGGCACCGCCCCCCUCAUUGCCAAUGCCAGCAGUGUAGUCAUCAACACAGGUAUGGGUACAACUGCUCCGGAGAUUGACCCUAACAAGACCGUCAUCAGCACCGCCGAUCUCUUCUAUCGAUGUGACGAAUGCCCAAAGAAAUAUGUCAAGAAGACAGACCUUGUCAGACAUAAAAACACUCACCAUAAAAAGGGUGAAACUGUGAAGUUGAAGCAUCCAUUAGUAAACCGGGUGGACCUGGUAGAUACAGCAAACAUAGAACAACAGCAGAUGGUCGAAGAGAACAUCAUCAUUACAGAAAAUGGCCAGUUUCAGUGUGCUGUUUGCCUAAAGUGCUGUAAGCGGAAGUUUGACCUCAAACGUCACCUGCUAACCCACAGUAACAUCAGAGACCGGCCUCACUCGUGCGAGCACUGUGACAAGAGAUUCCUGACAGCCAGCCAUCUUAGGCAGCAUCUCCGGGCCCAUGCUGGUAUCAAACCGUUUGCGUGUGACGUGUGUGGGAAGACGUUUGCACGUUCCAGCGAGGUCACCCGGCACAAGGUCAUGCACCAGAGAGAUGGAGGAGGAGGAGGCAGUGCUGGUGUCGAGGAUGGAGUAGGAGAUGGCAUGAUUGAAACCAACAAUUCUGUAGUUAACUCUGUAGAAGAGGAUGAGAUGGUCGUUCCGGAGGUGGUUCCGGUGUCGAUGGUCUCGGCGCUGGGGUCUCUCAGCUACGAAUGCACCGACUGUUCAGAGACAUUCCUCAAUAAGAAAGACUUGCAGCUUCACCUGUUUGAGAAGCACACGUUCCAAUGCAAGCAGUGUGCCACAGUGUUCCCAACCAUAAGUACCUUGGAGCGGCACAUGGCCGAGCACCGGGAGGAGGUGUACACCUGCAUAGAAUGUUCCAUGGUGUUUGUCCACAAGAAACAGCUCAAACAGCACAACAAGCAGAAGCAUCGAGAAAAGUAUCGGGAAAAGCACCGGGAGAAGCACGCAGAACGGCAAAGGGAGCAAGAGGACACGCAAGAGAACCGAACUGAGGACCAAGACGAUGGGGUUAGGUAUCAAUGUGAUAUAUGCUUCAAGGAGUUCCGCAAGAACAGCAAUCUCAAGCGGCACAUGGUGACCCACACUGAGCGGGAAAGGCGGCACCAGUGCGAGCUCUGCGAGAAGAAGUUCCUGACAAGCAGCCACCUGAAGGCUCACCACAUGCAGAAGCACUCGGAGGAGAGGCCCAACAAGUGUCCGCACUGCGAUAAGAGGUUCGCCCGGAAGCACGACCUGAAGCGGCACCUAUCCAUCCACGAUGCGGAGAGAGAGAGGCCCUAUGAGUGCGCCCACUGUGACAAGAAGUACAUCGCAGCUAGUCAUCUUAGAGAUCAUCAAAUAGUGCAUACAGCCGAUGAUGAGGUGCUUUAGAACGGGGACCCAUUCCAGUGUGCCAAACUCUGAUUGCAUGAAGCCUGCCCUCUGGAGCCUGGAUGAUGCCAUGGAAGACGCACAGUAUUCUGCAUGGUCUGUACAUCGCAGCAUUAUGUCAUCAUGCACCCUUUCCUGCCAUUUGUUCGUCAUAUCCCUUUGCUGUGGCUUGCAAAGCUUGCAACAUUCUUUUUUAAAGAAGUCGAGUUCUGGUAUAAGGUUGAUUAUUAGUUUCUUCUUAUGUUGUGGCAAAACAUCAAAGAAUAAUUAUAAAAGGUGUUGGCUCCUCAAUCGUCCAACUUCUAGCUAAGUAACAAGAGUUUGUUGCGAAUGUUCGAAUGACCCGUCGUGCUUGAUAUUUAUGUAGUCCCAUGUGUACAUUUGUCUGUGGACUGAAUUCCAUCAAGACUGGCAAUUUUGUAGGAUAAGACUGAAAACUCAACAGAAAUAUAACUCAUUUAAGAUCACAUUCUUUCAAGUUCCUAUUGCAUCGAUUGCUGGUCAUCAAGGAGCUCUUAAUAAGACAGUGCUUGUUAGGGAAGUAAAUUGCUUGAGCCGAAAUGGCUGACUAAAUCACUUGCCAUGUCUGAGCUCUUUUGAUAUUGUCUAUACAAUCUGCUUGUGUUGUUAACAGUUUCAUACUGUUUUCAAAGAAAAGUUGAAAACACUAAAAAAUGAAGCUGUGAAGAAAGUUAAAUGAUCAUUAUUCCCACCUCCCUUUAGUUUAGAUAAAAUUGAAAUAAAAUAUAGUUUACAAAUUGAAUUAAUUUCAACAACAGAAAAAAAAUGAAACAAUGGCAUAAUCCAAUUUCUUUGAAUAUAAAACCUUUUUUUUCGUGUGUCUUUGGGCCAUUUGUGUCUGUGUUUGACCUGUUUGCUGUGAUUGUUCAUGCAUGUACAUGUACUAGGGGGUGGAGCUGCGCUUUCAAGUUUCAAGGGUUUACUGUCAAAAGAAAUUACUCUAUUUUGGUGUAUUUUCCACAUAUUGAUAAUAAAAGAGAAAUGAAUAUGAAUGGAAAUCAAAACAAAAAUAUCAAAUGAUCAGAUUAUGAUAAUGUGCUAUUUUCAUUAAACUAAUACUCUGGUACAGGUAGAUGACAUAGCAGGCAACUUUGUUCAAUGGUCCCCCUUGCCAUAUGGCAUAGGUCAAGCAUCUUCAAAGGCCAUUCUGAUUAGUUUUACAAUGUGAUGGAAGUAGCAGUGAAUACUGUGAUUAUAAGAAAUCAUAUCAUAAGAGGGGAUGGUCUGAAAAAGACGGGACACAGCAUAGCUACAUAACAUAAUUUCACGUAUUAUGUGUAAGCCAUAGUCUUGUUUUCAAGAGGUUUCUUUCAAUUUGUGAUGUAAAUCUUAUUUUUUAUGAGGAUUUUAAAUUGAAUUUAUAGUUUGAAAACACUGCAAAUGUAACGGUGAAUGUAAACAUUGAAUAUCACAUCAGAGAUAUAUCAGUUAUGUGGUGUGCUAUAUAUGUUAUGCGUUAGAGAUGUAUUAGUACAAAUAUUUCUAUUAUGAUUCUUACUCGUAAGGCAUAGACAAUUAUUAGAAUGUGUGUGCUUCACCUUUUUAACCUGUGUUUGCUGUACUUUUUAUUAUUUCUUGGUUGGGGACCCGUUGCCAAAAUAUUUGAUCUUGUGACUAUUGCUCUGGGCUUUAAUUCAUUAUUUUUUUUCAGGCUUUGAAUCCUAUUUUAGCAGAUUAAGUACAAUUUUGGACCUCGUCCAUUAAGAUUCCUCCUUUAUACUUCAUUUACUCUGAUUUCUGGUCUUAAAAAGGUUGGCAGCUAUGUAAUGGGUCCAUUCAAUCUAUUUAGCCAAUGGGAAGAAAUGUAUCAGGCUCCAAAUCUAAAUCAAGGAAUACAAUUUAUUCAGUAUAUUCUUAUUUUGAUAGAUACUUCAUUUGUACAAUUGACAAUCCUAUUCCUCAUUCGUGAGCUAUCUGACCGAGAACGUUGUGUUUGAACUCUAGGAAACCGAUUUACACUAUUGUAUGCCUGUAGAAUGUGAUGGAAACAUCCAAAGAUGUAAUGUUUGACUCACUCAAAUUCUUUUUUGCUUUCCUGCCACAGAUAAUCGGAAUAACUAUCCUAGCAUUUCUCAAUAGAAUCUUCAUGGGAAAUGUCAUGCCUAGUCUGCUGUGCAAACCCUUCACUAGAAUUAAGGGUCUGAAUGUGCAGCCUACUCAUGCCUUUUGUACUGAAGGCCCUCUCGCUGAAUUAAAACAGCGAGUUUUGUAUGUGCUAGUCUUUGCAUGGAGACACACUUGCUGAUCAAAGUUCAAUCAGGGUCUGUGAUUGCAGACUAUGUCAUGUCUGUUACAUGGCAUUGUCCGUUUACAUAUUGUUGUGGGAUCCAUGCGACAUCUGAUGACUGAAAUAAAUUUUGAAAAGAGGUGUAAUCAAUUAGUGUAUUUAUAAGAUGAAGGGAUGUUCUAUAAAUGUAUAUUUUGAGCAAAGGUUCCCCAAAUUGCCAAAAAAGAUCUAAACUGUUAUAUUCUUAUUUGUUCAUGAAAAUUUUCAUUUAUCCAUGAAAAUAAUCAAAAAUUAUUGGAUGACAAAUAAGGAGAAGUGUUAAAUGUCCAAUCCUGGGCGCAAUCUUCAGCUUUUUCUGAUUUUGGCCAAGUCCUUGAUCGACUGUUGCAGAUGCGCUAUUGAUAUUAUUUUUGAGAUGUUUAAGAGAAAACAAAUCCAGUGGGAGGGAUCCAUUUCUCAACAAAACCUGAGAAGCACAGUUGCCAUGGUAACUGUCACACAAAGUGUUCUUUUGUGAGUCCUCUUAUGAAACACUCCCCUGGGAACAAACAUCCAAUAUUGGAAGUGAGCAGUUCUGUUAAUUUGUACAUCCCGUUGACAUUUAUUAAUGAAAGCUUUAAAAUCAUGUCUUUCAGUUCAAAUUCAAUCUUCACAAUCCUUUGUAUGAAUAUCAACGUAAAGCUAUAACCAUGGCUACAUAUGUGCAGAUUGUAAUUUUUUUAAAUUAAAUUUGGCAUUGGUUUUUAUGAACCGUCCUGAGAGAAAAAGUAACAAAUUGUGACAUCAACCAGUGUGAAGUAUAGUUUUGUUUUUUUAGAUGAGUUAGGAUUGUUGGCCAUUGGAUUAGUGUCCUGACUUUUAAACAGAGGGUUGUGGGUUCGAAUCCCAGCCAUAGCAUAAUUUCCUUCAAUCAGUCAAUCCCCCUUGAGCUGCAUUCAACCCAGGAGGUAUAAGGCUUUUGAAUACCUGGCAUUAGUUUGCUUGUGCACUAUAAAAGCUUGCUAGGCUAAUGCCAGGUUAAAAAUAGCCAAUUCCUUUUGGAAACUGAUAAUUUAUGUGCAGACUAUGCACUUUAUAAGAAUUGAAUAUUUAUUAUUUCAUGGUUCAAUUUAUGCUUUCCUGUCUUCGAUUACCUGUUAACUAUAUUUAUUUAUUAUGCAUGAAAGUAAACAAGUGUGAAAUUAUUGUAUGUUGGUUUGUCUAUGUCUUGAAGUGCAUUAAUGUACCAUUGUGAAGAAAAAACCUGAACCAUUUUUGAAAUUUUUAAAAAUAUUUUGUAUAUCUCCCCAAUACGUGGGGACAAUUUAUCUGUAAAUUUUGAAUUAGUGUACAGUACCAGUGCUCUUUGUUGAUAACUGUUACACAUUGUUUUGAUUGUACUUUUCGGUUGUAUUGGUAGUAACGAGAUGAUAUUUUUAAAAUUUACAUUACAAUUUUUGCAGGACAAUGCUAGAAAACAUGGAGUGUAUUAGUUUGAAAGAAACGCAGUGGCCCGUAUUCUGAACUUGGGUUUGAUUUAAACUCUGCUCUUAAGUUGUGGUUAAACUACGGAUACCCAAUGGGGCGCAAACGCUAUUAGUACACAUUCAUUUCAUUAACUCACAUGAUGCUCGGAAAAAGGUCAGUAAACUCUGGUCUAAAGUUGUGGUUAAACUAUGGAUAGCCAAUCGUGACAUAAA